ACCUCGGACGAGUCGCCGCGGACCGCGGAGGCCGCGAGAUGCAGUGUACCACGACGCCGAAGUUCGAGUUCCCAGUUUAAUAACAGCUCUCGGGCUGUACUCACGUAUUGAAGUGUUGUAACUGUGAAAAUUAAACAUCUUGAACCAUGACUAACUUCUUGGAUGUAGCCACGGAGGACAACCUCCAAUAUCAAUUCUUUCCUGUAUCAAGCGGAUCCGUGACAUUCAAAGUACGCACACCAAAUGAUGCACAUCUGGCACUUACCUUGGGCCCUCAGGAGUCCGACCCCAUGUAUGAGGUUUUUAUUGGCGGUUGGGGAAACACAAAGAGUGUAAUCAGAAGGAACAGAACGAAGCCCGAUAAAGUUGAAGUCGACACUCCUGGAAUUUUGAACGGUGGAGAAUUCCGUGGUUUCUGGGUGCGUUGGGAUGGUGGUGUAGUGUCAGCUGGCCGAGAAGGAGAAGUCAUUCCAUUUAUUUCUUGGACAGACCCUGAACCAUUCCCUGUUGGCUUUGUUGGAGUUUGCACAGGAUGGGGUGCUACUGGUACAUGGAAAAUCGAAGAGGGGGCUGAGUUCGAUACUCCAGACCAGCUUGAAUACAAAUUUGGGCCUGUUGCUACUGGAUUAUUGGAACUUCAGUAUCGUGGUCCACACAACUGUCAUGUGUGUUUGACCAGCACUGCCGCAGAAGUCGAUCCUAUGUACGAAAUAAUCCUCGGUGGCUGGGAAAAUAGCCAGUCCGUUAUUAGAUACAACAGACAGAAGCCAGAUAAGGUAACCCUCCCGACACCUGGCCUUAUGAAUCCCAACGAAUUUAGGAAAUUCCUAAUUGAAUGGAAAUGUGGUCGCCUUCUUGUACGCGACGGUUCUAAUGGCGCGGUACUUAUGGACUGGGUGGACCCAGCACCUUUCCCCAUAACACACUUUGGCGUGCGUACUGGAUACGGUGCCCGCGGACAAUGGCGUAUAGCACAUUUCCUUGGUUCCAGCGCGCAAAAUCCACAACCAUCAGCGCCGCAAGCUGCAGCUCUCUACAGCACUCCACCUGGAUAUCCAGGCGGUCCUGCGCCAGGCGGUGCGGGUGUGUGGGCUGAAGCAUCCGGAGGCCAAGUGCCACCUGAAGCCGUUCUGGGCGGCCAGGAUUCCAAUGGGGAACCUCUUUACGUCGCUAGAGCACAACACGAAGGCGCUAUUUUGCCAGGAAAACUGGUAGCCUCACACGGUUGUGCAUACGUGCCAUGGGGUGGACAAGAACAUGGAAAACCUACUUACCAGGUUUUAGUCGGUGGCCCCAAUAACUGGGUGCCCACAAACGGCUCCAAUGUACCACCUGGUGCAUUCCCAGGCGGACAAACCGAAGACGGCGAGACUCUUUUCAUAGGGCGUGUACGUCACGAAGGCAGCGUCACUACAGGCAAAGUACAACAGUCCCACGGAGUCUGUUACAUCUCGUUCGGAGGACAAGAACUUGGCUUCCCUGAUUAUGAAAUUCUUAUGGCUUAAGCACAAUCGACAUGACAUAAUGAUGAUUAUUAUUGUAACGUUUUGAUAUAAGUCUUCGCUAAGUGAUUGUUAUGAACGAAGGCUGCUUAUAUGAGAUGUUCACGUAAAUUGCAAUAUGCUUAAUAAAAUAUUGCGAUAUAUUAGGAUUAACAAACAGAACAAAUAUAAGGACAUCACGCUGUGCCUAUGAUAGCUUAGUAGGUACCACGCGAGUAAUGCGCACCGUACAAUUAUUUUUAUUGUUUCGUGUUCUAUGUACAACUGUUAAUUUACUUUUAUUAAAUUAUUUUAAUAUUA